CAGUGCGCGGCGGCCAGGCCGACCAAUGGAGUGCGGGGCGGUGGGUGUGCGCAGGCGCAGUGCGCUAUGGCGGUAAGAUGGCGGCUGUUGGCGGCGGCUCUCUGCAGUCAGAGCCUGUGGGCGGCCGCCAGCAGCUCCCCAGCAGAUGAAAGUUGGCACAAGUACAAGGACAAGAUAUCAGCAGCUAUAAGAUCUUACCAACCCUGCACCCAGCAUAACUGCAGCUGUCACCAAAGUGUCCUAGAAGAUGACCUUUCACACUUCAAGCAAGGAAUCUCCGAUGUCAUGAUGGCAGAGACUGUCAGUCAAAAUGUAGGGACUCACUACCAGAUAAUAAAGGGCAAGCUGUAUCGCCAAGACGACUGCAUGUUUCCUGCCAGGUGCAGUGGGGUAGAGCAUUUUAUACUGGAAAUAAUUGACAAACUCCCUGACAUGGAAUUUGUGCUCAAUGUCCGAGACUAUCCUCAGGUUCCACACUGGAUGAAGCCCGUUAGGCCUGUUUUCUCCUUCAGCAAGACAUCAGAAUACUAUGACAUCAUGUACCCCGCAUGGACCUUCUGGGAGGGAGGUCCAGCAGUUUGGCCCAUUUACCCCACAGGACUUGGACGCUGGGAUCUAAUGAGAAUGGAGUUAAAAGUAUCUGCUGAAAAGUGGCCUUGGGAGAAGAAAGUCUCAAAAGGUUUCUUUAGAGGAUCAAGGACGAGCUCUGAACGAGAUCCUCUUAUUCUGCUUUCUCGGGAAGAACCUUCGUUGGUAGAUGCAGAAUACACUAAAAAUCAAGCCUGGAAGUCCGAGAAGGAUACGCUAGGAAAACCUCCUGCUAAAGAAAUUUCAUUGGUGGACCAUUGCAAAUACAAGUAUUUAUUUAAUUUCCGGGGUGUUGCAGCGAGUUUCCGAUUUAAGCACCUCUUUCUGUGUGGCUCGCUGGUUUUCCAUGUUGGGAAUGAAUGGCUGGAAUUCUUUUACCCACAGCUGAAACCGUGGGUACAUUACAUCCCUGUCAAUCAGGACCUCUCCAAUGUACGGGAAUUGUUACAAUUUGUUAAGGAUAAUGACCGACUUGCCAGAGAGAUCGCAGAGAGGGGCCGCCAGUUUAUCCUGGAUCACCUGAAGAUGGACGAUAUUUCCUGCUACUGGAAGCAGCUGCUGGUGAGAUAUUCCAAGCUACUGCUGUAUAAACCGAAGAAACAGAAGAAAUACAACCAGAUCUUUUCCAUGCACAGGCGAAGUGAACUGUAACUCCCAGGGCCUGCUGGACAUGGAGACAUUCAGAAACUACAGGGUCCCUUUGAAAGACAUGUAUUACACAUUCCUUGUGAAAAUUCCAACAGAGUCGACCCAGUUUGCUGAAAUGGAUAACAUUCUCAUUCCCAUUUGAUUAGAAUUUGUAACUGGGGGCAAUCUGAGUCCAUCCUAUCUUGCACAGGGUUCCACCCAUUUAAGGCUUCACCCCUCCAUCUGAUUUAAAUUCCAGGGACAUGGUAUUAUCCAGAAGGCUAUCAGAAAGAAGGAACAAAAAGUCUUGCACAAAACAUGUAUGAUCUCUUUAGUCAUGAACUCAACAUCCUGCAUUUAAUCCAGUGAAGCAGAGUCCAUUUGAGAUUUUCCAAUGCAGUGUAAAUGGAUGCAAGCUCACGAGAAUCUUCUACAGAUCUUCAUUAUUCGUCCUCGUCUUUGAAGCGACAUUCCCGAUACUGGCGGGAGCUGGAGCUAUUGUGUUCCUCGCACCAUUCCACCACCCCCCUGACUUUAGCCUAUUCCUGGCCGUAUGUUUAUCCAGCUGCUAAAUUGACUGUUUCGUUCUGGAGUCUGUUCCACACACUGGCUAGAGGAAAGCUCGAUCACUGCCUGGUGCCUCUGCAUCCCUCUCCCUCUCUAUCUGUCUGUCGUUCCAUGUUCUAGGUUUGCCAGUUACAGAAAGGUCGGCAGCAGAAAUCCUGACCUCCCUGAUCCAUUCCCUGAAAUAUGGCAUGCUGUUUGUUUCAGUGCCAUGUUGAAGUGAAACAAGCUGCCACUUUGUAGAGUUUUGUUAGUUGGCCAGGUAAUACAGCCGAUUAUGCUUUGUCUUCAGGGUAUGAGACUCAGUAAUGGUUUUAAUAAAAAAUGUAUAAUUUUUGCUCUCCAGUCCUGAUGUGACAAAGCUGUUUGAGAUUUAUCAAGCAGUGGGCAACGCAAAGCAUGUCGGGCAGAAAGAACAUUGAACGGCAACAGCAGCAGCACCUAAUUCAAUAAACCGAUCACUGCAACUGUGAAUAACUAAAUGAUGGGUUUGAUCAGUUUAAUAAAAAGGUUUUUUUAA